AGUUCCCAUCUCAUUCCCUUCCUUUCAUUCAAAGGCCCAAAAGGUACCCACUGAAACAGCAAAAGAGAGUUAAAGACUUUCAAUUCCUUGGCAUCUCCAUUUCAGCAGAAGAGAGCUAUAGCUAUACCUGAUCUCAGAGCUCAAAAUGGUGAAGCCUGAUCAGCCCAAGAUCCAAUCAGAGCCCUCCAAAUCAAUGCCAUCCCCACCACCGGCAUCGUCGUCGUCAUCAUCAUCAUCAUGCCGAAAGAAGAAGUACAAAGGAGUGAGGAUGAGGAGCUGGGGCUCAUGGGUGUCUGAGAUAAGAGCUCCAAAUCAAAAAACAAGAAUUUGGUUAGGGUCUUAUUCCACACCAGAAGCAGCUGCUAGAGCCUAUGAUGCUGCACUUCUCUGCCUUAAGGGCACUUCAGCGAACCUCAACUUCCCAGUCAGUUCUUCAAUGCACAUUCCUGAUACUGUCAUGUCCCCCAAGUCCAUCCAAAGAGUGGCAGCAGCUGCUGCCAACAGCUAUAACAUUGGUGGUGGAGUUGAUGCUUCCACCACCCCACCAUCUCCUCUUCCUCCGUCGUCUUCGCCUUCAUCAUCAUCAGUCUCAUCCCCAUUGCUGGCAUCUUCACCGCCGUCAGAUCAACCCGAUGAUGAUGUCUCCUUAUUGCCAUCUUUUGGGACCUACACUGCUGCUUGUGAGGCUAAUAUUGAAGCCAAGGCAGCCAUGAUUAAUUCGCCUUGGUUCGACCUCGAUGGCUUGCAGUCGCCAAGGUACACCGAUCUACUGUUCAAUGCUGCCUUGUUCAAUCCACCUGCAGUCGAUGAUUUCUAUGAAGAAGCCGACAUUGGUCUGUGGAGCUUCUGCUGAAAAUUCAAUCCAAAUGAGGCCAACCCUCAGUUUCCUUUCAUCCACUUAUUAUUUUUCAUUGAUGAUCUUCUGAUAUUACUUGAAGAUAUUAAUUAUUACUGACAAUGACCAAAGUUAUAUUAUAGUGUAUGUGAGCCGAGUUAGGUAAAAAAGAAACUCACAUGGAGAUAAUUUUGGGCUUUUCACGUGAGUUUCCACAUAUUAAGUUCAUAUUUGAUUUUCCGCAAGGUGUGUAAUAUGCAAUCAAUGUUAUUCAUUAUAUUUCAUUUAGUGAAAUAAGAAAAGGGGAAAAUUUUAAUUAA